AUGGCGAAGAAGAAGUGUGAGUUAUGUGACCGUGUAGCGAGGAUGUUCUGCGAGUCGGACCAGGCGAGCUUAUGCUGGGACUGCGACGGAAAGGUUCACGGAGCUAAUUUUCUGGUGGCUAAGCACACACGCUGUCUUCUCUGCAACGUGUGUCAAUCUCCGACGCCUUGGAAAGCCUCGGGACUUCGUUUCGGUCCAACGGUUUCAAUCUGCGAGUCUUGUCUAGCUCGUAAGAACAACUCCGUCGCCGGCAGCAGUAAUCAGAAUCUGAAGAAAGAGAUUAAUAGUAACAAUAAUGAUGAUUGUGAGGAAGGUGAAGAAGAAGCGGAGAAACAGGUGGUGCCGUGGGGUGCUGCUCCGGUGAUGAGUUCAUCGUCGUCUUCCGUUAGUAGCGGAGAGGAAAGUUUCUCCGGCGAUGGAGGUCUGGUGGUUAAAAGAACGCGACGGGAUAUGGAUCUUGACUACUCUGAUGGCGGUGAUACGUCGUUGACAUCAUCAUUGUCUUUAAAAACCGCUAAGAAAAGGAGAUAUCUCAGCCGUUGAUUCUCUACUUAGUUCAUAUUAGAUAAAUCUUCACCGUUUAUUGCUAACAAUACCUCUUGUAGUGAAGUGAGUUUAUAAACCAAUGUAUUCUUUCUGCUUAGAAUGUUUUUGUAUUAUUUUCCGACCAUUAGUUCUGUUGGUUUUAUUGAUUUUAGCCUUUAAGCGUCUA